CACAUCAGUAUACCGGUACACUUUUAACAUAAAAAGUACCUCAUUGUCAUUGUAAAAUAUGCUUGUGCUUAUAAUACCAGUAUCUUAUGUCAGGUGGCAAUUGCAGGUUUCUUUGUUUGGGUUCAGUCCGCUCUAGCUAGGAAACCGAUUUUUGAAUAAAAAUAAACAACGUACGUAUGUUCGUCCGCGAUAGGUCUACAUGUGUUUUAUUAAUAUAGACUUUUCAUUUAUUUCUAACUUUGUUUACUGAGGUUGUGGAGGAUAUACAACUAGUUGAAGAAAAUGAGUCGUUCCGGAAGAAGAACGCCGCCUCUGAUGCAAGCCCAAAGGAUGGCCAAUGCGAACGCCGAGGGCGACGCCAGCUUUCUCGCACAGUUACUAGCUGUGCAGCAGUCAGGGGGAGGAGCUGUAGGGGGAGUACUUAAGAAAAUUAACGAAGUCGAAGAAGCAGUCACGAUCCUUCAGUCAGAUAUGGUAGAUGCUAAAAAACAGUUACUGGAUUUUGAUCAGAAGUUUUCAGAGAUGACUUUGUCCCUAGAGAAUAUUAAGCGUGACAAAGAUAACCCCAAAUUGGAUCUUAAAAUGCAAGAAUUACGACAAAGAGUUCACGGACUGGAAACCCAGCUCGACGCUUGGGGGCAUUUUGAAGACGAAUCCAUUCGAAGCAUAUCGGAUCAAUUGGAGGGCCUUGGUGACUGUGACAUUAACGAUGGAGAUAGGAUUGCCAGUACAGAAGAUAUCUACACAGCUGAGAUGGGAAGUGAGGCCAAAAAGGAUGGCACGGAGGUGACAGGAGCAAACAAGGGGGAACCUGACACUGAGGAGAAGUUUUCUGCCAUAUUAAAACGACCAAUGACAGAAAAGUCGAAGAAAGUUCUUGUUGAUUGCAUCGGCCUUCUUGGAAACCAUCCAGACCUGAAUAGCGUAAUUGGAGUACUGUUUGAAAACAGCAUCCUCUCCUCGUCUGAGUUGAUGCGUUUAGAAUCCGUACAGACGACAGCUGAACAGAGUAAAAUAUUACUAACGAAGAUAUUGCCCGCGAAGGCAGAAGGAGCAUUCUGGGGUUUUCGAAAAGCUUUGGCUUCAUUACCCCAUACAGAAUUUUUGAUUGGUAUCUUGGACGAUAAAUUACAUAGAGGAAGAAACGUUGUACGUCCAGACGGAAGGUCUAACGGUCUGGACACUGUUCUCCUGUUGGACACCUCUGGCAGCAUGUCCGGAGAGGCCUUUGACCAGAUGAUACAGGCCGUGAAAAGUAUCCUGGACAAUAUGGAGUACAGUGCUGACAUCUAUGGUUUCACAGAGAAUGUCUCUCUCAUUACUGUUGGCGGAUAUAAACAGUCACGUGUCCUAGUAUCCCUGUCAUGUGACUACCAAAGAGCCAGGAGGAUUCUGGAAACAUUAAAACCUGAGGGAAUGUCACCAUUAGCACCUGCCAUUCGGGAAGCGCAGAGGGAGAUACAAAGGAACGGUGCUUCUCUCCACGUAUCCGGCCGUAAGGUGGCGCCACGUAUCUACGUAUUUACAGACGGCAUACCAAGUGACGAAGAUGAAUAUCGUACCUCUGAUCUUACGGAGGGGAAUAUGGCCGCUAAAUACAAAACGAUGACAGCAGUGCAGGUGUACCAAGAUGAAGACCGCAGGAAUAAAGCCGACAUCAGUUUUGUUGGUUGUGGAUCUAAAGUUGAUAUGAUAUUUUUGGAGUCCGCCUCCAAGAUAGGGAAAGGAAAGUAUGUGAGAGCAGACGAUCCAGAGGCUGUGGACAGAAUUGGAGGAUACUACCGAAGAGUAGUAUGGGUUUACCGAUUUGCUGCUCCUUUUCGAGAUACGUCCACAAUGAAGCAGUUGGCAGCCCAGGAUAAGGAAACGUUCCGCAACUGGCUGACGGCCACGAAGUCCGGGGAGAUCAACCAGAAAGACCUAAGCGAAUUUGAUGUGAACGAAAUGUACAGCAUGCUGGUUGCGCUGGCUACGGAGAAAAGAGAGACCGAGAGAUACAGUUCGUCGGACACUGACUCAGACCCAGCCCUUAAAGUGGAACUGCCCCUGGGGAGUAGGGUUAGGCGAGGGCCGGACUGGGCGGGGCAGUCCGAAGACGCCGAUGGACCUGGAACAGUGGUCGAACAUCAGAAAGGAAGAAAAGUACUAGUGAAAUGGGAUUAUACAGACGCCAUAGGGGUCUACAGAUUUGGUGAAAACAACUGCUAUGACGUCAUGCCUACAGACGAACCCAGAAUCCUCCGCGCAGAUCAGUUGAUCGACGUUGGUGUGAAAGUUGUGAGAGGCCCAGAUUGGGAAUGGGGAGACCAAGAUGGCGGCGAGGGGAACGUUGGAACCGUGUAUAAGGUUGAACAGAGAGGAGCUGUUUGGGUCCAGUGGCCGAA